AUGAAGGUAAACAAGAUCUGUCAGAUUGUAAGGUUCAAGUUAUUCAUGCACCGUUGGAAGCUAAGGAGUCUUGGAAGCAAGAAAAGCAGCCACCAAGAAUCAGGCUCAUUGACCAAGAAAACACCACCAGCUGGGUAUCUUGCAGUUUAUGUCGGGAUGCAAGAAAAGAGGUUCCUGAUACCUACAAGGUUUCUAAACCUGCCAGUUUUUGUUGGGUUGUUAAAGAAAACAGAAGAGGAGUUUGGGUUUCAAUGUAAUGGAGGACUUGUUUUGCUCUGUGAAGUUGAGUUUUUUGAAGAGGUUUUAAGGUUGUUAGAGAAAGACGAGACCAGAUUUGGUAAGUUUGGUUUGGAGGAUUUUUUCAAGAUUGUUUCUUGUGAAGUGGGUUUUGAUUCUUGCAAGGAAACAACAUCAGGUACUAGUCAUGUUUUUACUCCAUUGUUGGAGAAGGCUAGGGUUUAA